AUGUCAACGUCCAACCGCAACCCAAUCGACAUCGCUGCUGCUUCGUUCACUCGUCUCUUUACUGCCAGUCUCGCCCGCGCCCGCUCCAUUCGUCGACGACACCGCUGCCGGCAAGCACAUUGCAGUGCUACCCCCACCUUGCGCUCGAUGGUGGAUUCCUCGACCGACGACGCUUCCAUCCACUCCACCCCCUCCCUCCGCGGGCACGCCGCCCAGAAGACCGACGUCGAAUCGCACUUCCGGCUCGAUACACACGCACAGUGCGACCCCGACGAGCGCCAGGACGAGCCGUCCUCAGCCACGGCCGAGUCGCCGCCCUCCUUCCACUCCCACAGCUUUCCCUCCCACUACUUCCCCGCGCCCUCGUCGGUAGACCCAUACAAGGUCCUUGUCACCACCGCCUGCGCCAGCGACUCACUACCUGCGUUUGCACCCUCUGGUCCCGCGCCCCCGUUUGAAGAGGUUGAAGCGUCAGCUGCUGCGCCAAGUGUCGUUGCUGAGACCAAGGCUGCGCUUCCGCGAGAUACCAAGGACGGUCAGUCAAGCAAAGACCUCGACGACGGAGAACCGCCACCGCCAUACAGCGAAGGCUCGAGUCCUAUCGAAGGAUUUACAUACGUCAUGGCAGCGGCAGGAGGUGCGGCGAGCAUCAUCACCCAGGUCCAGCAGGGAGGGCCGGCUCCUAUCAACACUGCGCUUGGAGGCGGCUCGGAUGAGAACAUCACCCUGGAAUUGCGGUCUAAUAAGAUUGUCAGAGGCACACGAUUCACGCUCUCCCGCGAUGAACUGCUCACACUCCCCGAAUUCGUCCUGCUGUCCCUCUUUCCCAAUGGACUUCUCCCAGACGGCCACAUGAACAGCUACCACGAUGGCGACGUAUAUCCAGUCGACGUAAGAACCACCCAAAACCAAAAGCCUCGUGCUCUCACGCAGGCAAAACCCCCUGUCAAUGCCCAAGAGCUUCAACAUCUCAUCUCCAAUCCUGAUGUAUAUUUAUCUGACGAGAUCUAUCAUUCACAGUACGACCCUAUGUCCCUGCAAUACAUGUUGGAAUUCUUCCGACAUGUUGCACAAACAAUCCCGCAAUCGUCUGAAGAAGCGUCGGGUCAGGGUGAUCCAAUGGCGCCGAAUACGAUGCCAAUCGAGCCCAUGCCUGGCAAUGCACGCGAUAUGCUCCAAGACCGAGCUGGAAUCAUUGUCCUGCGCGAAGACCUCGACUUUUACGCUAUUCCACCCAGAAAAGACAUUGAGCAGAUGGAGAUGAUCAACAUCAAGCGAGCUGCGAGCCGUGCGUUGCUGAAGCAAGACGGUAUCUUCUCCGGACUGCGGAAGAGUGAAGAACCCGGAACCACAGAGCAGCACUUGAUUGAGAUGUUGACUGCAGGCGGCUUCAAUCACGAAGAUACCUGGGGCCAUCGCGCAGCAGAACCGCAGAAGGCAGUCAUUUGUUCGAUUGCUUUGGCUCGACUCCGUACUGAUAUCAAAGGCGAUACUGCCGGCUCGGCAAAUGCUGUUGGCAUGGCUCAGAAACUGCUUUUGUUCUGGAGGAAGCCCGCACGAAGAUGCUGGUGGGAAGGCGUUGAGCUCGAUAAUGUUGAAGGCGUGGAAGGCAAGCUGAAGGUUUGGAUACGACGAGUCUGGACGCUGGAGAUGAGUGUCAUCGGCCUGCGUUAA